CUUUCCUCAUCUUUCCAUUCUAUCGCUGCCUUCUGCCACCGAAUGUCGGGCGUCUGGUACCACUUCGCGCUGGGAGGACGACAGCAUCGCGUCCGCCUCUCUGAUGAGCAUCUCUUCGGUCAGGCUCGUCAAUGCAGCCAGACGACCCUGAUUAGCGAGCCACAACGCGUCCCGUCACCACCGCCUGAGGCAUCGAUCACUCUCCCUCCUGCUCCCACCGAGCAUGGCGCUCGACCGGUUCAGCAUCAAGCUUCUCAGAGCCAACUGAAGACUGAGCCACAGCCGACCUCCUCAAGUGCAGCAUUAGAGCAGCCAUGUGAUGAGCUUCACUUCCGUACUUCGAAUCAGGGCCAAUCGUCUGUCCCCUCGAGUGGACAGGAGUCUGAGGUACACGAGGACGCAGUUGAAGGAAAGGAGCUCGAUUACGACCACAACAAUUUGAACCAUGGACAGGGCACCGGCCGAUCGCAUCCUCAAGAAAAUGCUGGGUCUGCUGGAGCCACUGUUGCCACCGAGAACUCCAGUCUUGCCCAUUGGGAGACAUUUUCAUUUCCAAGUUGGAUUCCGCAGGCAAAGGAGGGUGACAUUGGUUGGCGCUUAUUCGAAGGAUAUCCCUGCACCGUCAUCGACAGCGAUGUUCACCUCAAAUUCGGACAGUGGCCAUUCAGAUUUCCUGCGUAUGGCAAGAAAAUCGCUAAUGGCUCUGCCAAGCUGUUCUUACGCGACAUUGAGUGGGAUCCAGAAGUCGCCGUCCAGCCUCAUGCCUGCAGCCCUGUCGCUUCGUGGAUCUUGAAUCAUUGCCACAUCGUCUUUGCCUCUGAAGCUCAUCCGACUCAGUGGCAACCUUAUCGACCUUGUACGAAGACACUGAACGAGGUGGAAGAUCGUUUCUUCCACCUCAUUGCUGAAGCGACCGGCCUCAUCGGCGGAUUGGAGAAUAUUUGGGACAUAAAACAGCCCAUUGCCCACUGCAACAAAGAUGUGGCCAUCUCUGCAAGCCUUAAGGGCCUCGCGGUUCGCCUAGCAGAUGGAGGUGCCCGAUUCGCCCUCGAAUCGACCAACAACGACAGCAUCAAAACCUUGAUCUUGCCCGGCACGCAAUCUGACCGCACCUUGCUCGGCAGAGUCCCUUCAAGGACUAUCCUGCCCGACAAGCAACGGUUGAAUAUGGCGUCCUACGGCAGUCCUCAACAUCUACUCCUGAAAGUGCAACGCAACGCACAAGCAGCCCCCGCUUCUCGCAGCGCUGCAGUCAUUCGAGAGCUCGCCAUGUCUGUCACCGCGUAAACAAUGCCACCUCACUCUCGUCGCACGAGUGCC